AUGAUGCAAACACUAGAUAGUAAAUGCAAGUUAUAUUCUGCACCUUUGAAGACUCUUAUCCCUCUUGAAAAACAUGCUUCUAGUGUGUACACAGAUGUUGUUUUUAAGGAUUUUCAAGAACAAAUUCUUAGCGCACGCGAUGAGUGUGGUUUUGAAAAGAAUUUCGUUAGAGAUGGCAAGGAUGUGUAUCGUGUGGUACAUUUCAACACUAGGACAAUUUUUGAAGUUGUGUAUGAUGCACAAACAUUGUAUGUUGAUUGCUGUUGUAAGUUAUUCAAAAGAGUAGGAGUCUUAUGUAAGCAUGUAUUAUGGGUUUUGCAUGCAAAAGGCGUUAAAUAUAUACCAGAACCUUACAUAUUGAAAAGGUGGUCAAAAGAUGCUAGUAAAACACCUGUCUAUGAUAUUGAUGGCACAUUAUUGGAUGGUAAUAAUGCUAUGGAAUCUAGAAAAGGGGUUUUAGGAGAUGUUUGGAAUGAGGUACAUCGAUGCAUUAGUUUGGCAGAAGAUGAUGAGGAUGAUUUGGUUGAACUUUUGCACAAAAUGAAGUUGAAUUUAGCUGAACUUUUAGCAAAAAAGAAUCGUGGGCUUGAGAAGACAAAACGUCAAGAGUUAGAAAAGUUUUUGGGUUGUGAAGCUCCUAAAACAAUUACAAUUCAAAACCCUAAACAAUCUUCAAACAAAGGCAAGAGGAAAGAAAAAGAUCCAAAACAAAAGGAUACUGAAGAUGAAGAAGAGCAAAGGGUGACCAAGCAAAGACAAUGUAAAAGUUGUGGCAAAGUUGCAGAAGAUGAUGUAUUGAAUGAUACAGCUGUAUUCAUAAAAUCUGUUGCUUCCAAAAAGCAUCACAUGAUAUAUGAAAUGGUAGAAGUAAAUUUUUGUAAUAAUGAAAGAAAUAUAUAUAAACAAAAAAGAAAUGUACAAAUGCAGGAAGGUAGAAUUCCAUUCAGUGGCAAAUAA